UUAGCAAUGUCUCUUUUAGCCAACAUUAUCACUCCACUUGCAGUGCAGUCAGUCUCUUGUUGGACGACUUUAGUGCAUCUAAUCAACUUGAUUAACUUGAUACAGUGCUACUCCACUGCAACUACUUCUUCUUGCUGUCCAAUCUUCUAACUUUCCUUCAGAAAAAAUGCCUAAAAAACUAAAACCAGCAAGCAAAAAAGGAGAGAAAAAACAUUUACCAACCAAGAGACCUGAAGUUCCAUCUGCAGCAGAAGUCGGGGAAAAGAAGAAACGAAAGAGAAAGAGAAAGGAGAGUUUCUCCAUCUACAUCUACAAGGUUCUCAAGCAGGUUCACCCCGAUACUGGCAUCUCGGGAAAGGCCAUGAGCAUUAUGAACUCUUUUGUCAACGAUGUCUUUGAAAGAAUUGCCUCUGAGUCGUCCCGUCUUGCUCACUACAACAAGAAGCACACUAUCUCGAGCAGAGAGAUCCAGACUGCAGUGAGGCUUCACUUACCUGGAGAGCUGUCCAAGCAUGCUGUGUCCGAGGGAACUAAGGCUGUGACCAAAUACACAAGCAGCAAGUAGACUGGCUCUACUAAAUGAACAAUGAACUCAAUAUUUUAUCCUACAACAAUCAUUUUACUCACUGUGUUUUCAUUCAGCAUUUAUAUCCCCUAUCUUUACUUUCAUUUAUUGAGUUGUGACAUCACAUUAUUUUUUUGUCAAAAAAAGUUUCGACAAACUAA